AUGAAGGUAGCCACCAUUCUCUCCGCCCUGGCCUCUGUGGCCUCGGCCAAGAUCCUCUUCGCUGGUGUUGCCGAGUCCAGCGGUGAGUUUGGUCUCUGGAGCCCCGAUGCCACCCCCGGAACCGGGUUGCCCGGUACCUUUGGCAAGGAUUACUCUUUCAUCGAUGAGAAGACGGUUGACAUCUUUGUCGACGAGCACAAGGUCAAUCUCUUCCGCGUCGCGUUCGCGCUGGAGCGCAUGUGCCCCCUCGAGACUGGUCUCGGUGCCACCUUUGACGAGGAGCACUUUGGCCACUACAAGGACGCCAUUGACUACAUCACCGUCACCAAGGGCGCUUCUCUCUGUCUAACACCAUUUUCCCCCGUCAACAGACGCCAUCCUCGACCCCCACAACUACAUGCGCUACAACGACCCUCGCAGCAACCCAUGACCGGCAGCGUCAUCGGCAACACCACCGACACCACCGCCGCCACCACCGAGCAAUUCGCCGAGUUCUGGGCCGAGCUCGCCGGCCGCUUCAAGGACAACGAGCGCGUCAUGUUCGGCAUCAUGAACGAGCCCCACGACAUGCCCACCAAGCUCGUCUUCGACAACAACCAGGCCGCCGUCGACGCCAUCCGCGGCGCCGGCGCCACCAACCUCAUCCUCGUCCCCGGCGGCCAGUGGUCCGGCGGCCACAGCUGGACCGAGAGCUGGGGCGGCGACCUCCUCCCCAACUCCGACUUCAUGCACAAGAUCGAGGACCCCGAGAACAACUUCGUCCUCGACGUCCACGAGUACCUGGACGAGGACUACUCGGGCACCCACUCCGAGUGCGUCAACGGGUACCCCGAGCACCUCGCCGAGCUCACCGCCUGGCUCAAGGAGAAUGACCUCAAGGCCAUGAUCACCGAGUUUGGCGGCUCCAACACCACCGCCUGCGAGACCCUCCUCGACGAGGCCCUCGGCUACAUGGAGGACAACGACGUCUUCGUCGGCUGGACCGCCUGGGCCGCCGGUCCUUUCUGGGGCCCCAACUCCGCUUGCUGCACCGACCAGAGGCAGCUCGGCAGCCUGGAGCCCGGAAGCACCGCUGCCGACGGCUCGCCCGGCUUGUACGAGACCCUCUGGAAGAAGGUCUUCGUGCCCCGCAUCCCCGAGACGCUCCAGUGGGAAGGCCCCGUUGUCAUCAACGAGGCUUAA